CAGGAAUUUGAGGGAGACGAAGACCAGAUUAAGGCAGCCAAGUUGAUAACAGAGAAGCCUGUUGUUGUAAUGUCCGGGCGUGGAGGUUGUGGCAAGACGUUUGUAGUCUCAAAAGUCUUGUUGAAAGCACUGGAGAGAAAAAAGGAAGAGAUUCGCAGAGAAUUCUGUGAUGAUGUAGAUGAUCAGCUCAUGCCCGGUAUUGCUGAUACUGUUCCCAAAGAAGCCAAGCCAUGCCAUUCUUUAAUUCCGGAUACUCAAGGUGACAAAGAUUCGAUGAAAAAAGAAGUUUUCCAAGAUUUCUUUGAUGAUUUAGAUGAUAGCCAUGCUGUAAUUCUUGAUGAUAUUCCUGAAGAAGCCAGGUCAUGCCGUUCCUCGGGGCUAAAUAUGCAAGCUGAUCAUGACAAAGAUUCAACCCACCAAAAGGAGGUAACCAGAAAGAUAAAGAAGAAGCAAAAGGAAGUUGAUGAAGCAGUGUUACUGACAGCUCCAACUGGCAAAGCUGCUUCAAUAUUAGGGAGCCGAAUUGGGCUUGAAGCAUACACACUACACUCAGUAAUAUACAGCUUCAUAAACUGGGAACAAAAGUCUCAGGAAGAAAAUGAUUGGAAGUUCCACAAUGUGCGACUGCUCGUGUGUGAUGAGUGCAGUCUGGUCUCAGUCAAAGUUUUUUCCAAACUCCUAAGCUGCCUGAAAGAGCGGUCAGAGCUGCAGCAAGUCAUCCUUUUGGGAGACAUAAAGCAGCUGCCCUCUAUUGAGCCAGGCAAUUUCCUUUGUGAUGUAUACCAAACACUUGCAAUGCAUGGUGUUGCUGUCACGCUGAAAACAAAUCAUCGCUCGGACUCUGACCUUAUCGUUCAAAAUGCUGUCAAAAUUUCACAGCCUCCCAGACAGAUGCCACAUUUUGAUGAUUUGAGAAGGUUUCAUUCAAUAGAUUGUUCCUCAUAUGGAGGUUACAAACAGAGAGAGACAGACAUUGUCAAACAGGUUAUAAACGAUGUCUUGAAACGAGAGGAAUUGCAAGACCCCAAGUCCUCACAAUUUGUGGCAUUCCGCAAUGUAGAUUGCAAUCUCAUCAACGAGCAAUGUGCUCGCCAUUACAACAACCACUCCCUUUUGAGCAGGAAACCUGAUUAUCAAAUUGGGGACAAAAUCUGUAUCAGGCGUAAUGUGGAAUGCAAUGACGUAUAUGGAAAGAAGCCUGUCAGGUUAUGCAAUGGAGAAAUAUUCUUCAUCCAUGAUAUCACUGAGGAGCAAGACAGUCGGGGAAAAAAGAAAGUUUACUUCAGCUUGGUCAGUGGUCAAACGAUGCCAAAAACGAGACUAAAAAUCAGGUUUGGAGAACUAAAGGCUGCCAAACUGUGUCAUGCUUGGGCACGAACCAUACAUACAUUCCAGGUAAAAAUGAUUACACAGUAUGUUAUUUCGUACACUUGACUGAAGUUCUACAUCAUAGCAACUAUUUUGAUCUAACAAAAUAAUCAACUAAAGAAAGGAGCUCGGAAAAGAAAGUUCACAAAAAUAUAAUGACAACAUUGAUGACAGUCUAGUUUCUUUUUACUUCUCCAAGUGUAUGUCUUCCGAGCAACCCUUUUUGUUUCUGAACAUACCCACGACGGAAAAAUAUAAUUUUUAGAGAGUAUGGUAUCCUCAGUGUAUUAUUAAGGAAAACUUCAGAGUGGUGCGCCCAUGUAUUCUACCAAUAGUUUUCCGUUUGGAUGAUUACUUAUGACAACUUCCCGAUUUAGAUUUGAAACCUCUUAUUUAACUUGCCCAGUCUGAAAUUCACAAAGUUUUGCAAGAUCUUACAUACAGCAUUUUAUUUUUUCUAUCAGGGCUCUGAGAUAGAGACAUUGGUAUACGUGGUAGGGCGUCCACAUUACCAAAACUGGCAGCAUGUGUAUACAGCCAUCACGCGUGGUAUACGACGCGUAAUAAUCAUUCACAAUCCAAGCUACCUGCAGAAAGCUAUCCAUACUUGUCCUGAACCGCGGCAGACAAAACUGAAGGAAGACAUAACUCGACAACUGCACUACUGCGAUCCGCCUUGGUCUGAAAGUGAUAGCUCAGAAGCCAGCGAACAAACUGGUCCUCAAAGAUUACAAUCUCAUCUGAUGCAUGACCCGGUU